CCUCCUCCAUCCCUCGCAUCUCUCGACACACACAACCAUUGUUCGGUCUUCUACCUCAUUUCCUUUCGCCUCCAUUCCAGUGAAUACUCGACCGGUAUCCUCAACUUGGAAAGCGUGCACACAAGCAGGGAAGUAAGUCAGGUACAAGUGGAAGUGGGCGGCAGCUCCGAUCGGACACCAUGGCCAACGCUCGCGAGAUCCGGCGCUUGCAACGUGCUGAUGGACCCGCCGCCGUGCUGGCCAUCGGCACGGCGAACCCGCAGCACCGCUUGUCCCAGGACGAGUACCCCGAGUACUACUUCCGUGUCACCAACAGCGAGCACCUCGCGGAGCAGCAGAAACCCAUACUCAACAUGAUAUGCAGGCUAACGGGCAACGAGUGGCGUUUCGUUCACAACACGGACAAGAUGAUGAGCGCCCAUCCCGAGUUCAUCGACCGCGCAACGCCAUCCCUCGAGCAACGCCUCGCCAUCGUUGCCGUCGUUGCUCCGGAGCUCCUUGCGGCAGCCGCGACCAAGGCCAUCGCCAGCUGGGGGCGCCCGGCCACCGACAUCACCCACCUCGUCGUCGUUACCAACUCUGGAGCCGGAAGCCCGAGCGCGGACGUCCCCUUGGCCACCCUUCUGGGCCUCCGCCACAACGUCUGCCGCACGGUUCUCCAGCUCAACGGCUGCUUCGCCGGUUGCGCUGCCUUGCGCCUGGCAAAGGACCUUGCCGAGAACAACCGCGGCGCGCGCGUCCUCGUCGCCUGCGUCGAGCUCAUGAGCGUCGCCGGCUUCCGUGGCCCCACCGAAGGGGAGGACUGGGUGAACAACCUCAUCAGGAACACGGUGUUCGGUGACGGGGCGGGCGCGGUGAUCGUCGGUGCCGAUGCCGUGGAGCCUGUCGAGCGCCCGCUCUUCGAGAUGGUGUCUGCGUCGCAGACCGUGGUACCGGACACCUUGCAAGUGGUGACGGCGGAGCUCAAGACAUGCGGCCUUGAUGGGAAUGUUUCCACCAAACUGCCAAACCUGGUGGCCGACAACAUUAAACAGUGUCUACUUGAUGUCUUCAGUCCGCUUGGCAUCGAGGUCAAAUGGAAUGACCUCUUCUGGGCGGUGCACCCGGGUGCCAUGGCGAUCUUGGACAAGAUUGAGAGGGUUCUCCUGCUGGAGCCCGGGAAGCUGAUGGCCAGCCGGACCGUUGCGCGAGAAUAUGGGAACAUGCUUAGCGCCACCAUCAUCUUCGUGCUCGACGAGCAACGCCGCCGAAUGGAGGAGGAAGGAGAGUGGGCUGAGUGGGGGGCCAUGGUGGGGUUUGGACCGGGUUUUACCAUGGAGACCAUGGUGCUUCAGGCUACCAGCAACCUCAAGAAAAUUAAUUAGCACUUCGCUGUGCGCUACUACAAGGCUACCAGCAUUCAUGUUAUCCGUAUCUACCUAUCUAUCGUUCAAAUUUGGUGAGGCGUUCCAGAAACGACUACUAUCUGUCGAAACAAAGUGAAGCUGGUGGAGAUUAAAAAAUCCUGGCAAAAAAAGAAGAAGAUGGAGCGCCUGUGAACGAAGAAGAAGUUCCUUCCUUUUGGCUUAUUGCUGUUCUUGCUCUUGCAGCUCCUGUUUACCUAUCUAUCUUCACUGGUUGGUCUGUAAUAAUAGCUAUCUUUAUGUA